CAAAGAAAAAUGUUUAAUCUAAAGCUUGUUUAUUUAUUUGCAUUAGUACUUGCAAUUGUUAAUUGUAAACCACUUUAUGAAGAUUCGGAUACAGCUGCCGCAGGAGAAGGUCAUUAUGGCAGGGUUCAAAUGAAAGUGUACAGAGGCCCAACUGAACACGAUGGACAUGAUCAUUUUGCACCUUGGGGAUAUUGGGUGAAACAACCAGCAGAUGAUGGCCACCAUUAUUAACAACCUUUGUAUUUGUAUUUUUCUAUUAAAACGUUAAAUCUACCUACUGGUAUUAUUUAUACUUCCCUUAAUUAUAAGUAUACUUUUUGUAUUAGCCAAACCCAUG